ACAAUCCGAGUGGAUAAAACACGUGCGUCCGGACGGGUCUUUAUUCUACCUGGAGCCAAAACCAGAUCCGGAUUUGAAUCCGGACAGAAGACCCGGAACAAUUAGACACAAAAAUAGCAACGUAAAACGGAGAAGGAAUUCUGGCAUAGAGGACGACCUUGUACGAGGACAACGGAAAUCUAGUAAGGUCAUAAUAUCCGUGCUUCGAACUCUUUUGAGGAAGAAAAGCGGAAGAAAUGGCCAUUAUACCAAUGGAUCUGGACUCAAUAGAGAGAGGACAAUGUACGCUUUAACUAACUACGCAGAGUUACAGAAGUUUCACGUGCGGUUAAAAGUAGACCCAAGAGGUGGCGGGAAUUUACUGGACGGAGUCUUUCCGAUAGAAAAACUGACAAGAGUUGAAUGGUUAUCGGAGGACAGCGCAAACUAUCACUGCAGUGGGAAAAGAAUCUUCGUCGAAGAUCUACCGGAGUAUGGAGCUUUGACAAGACUUUCGAAUCUACGGAGAGGUGAUUGUAUCUCGGCCCUGAAUGACAUCCCGGUGACCCGUGGUAACCUCAGCCGUCUGCUGGCGGCCAUCUCUCAACCUAUGGAGGUGACUCUGACGAUCGAAAGGUCACAGAAGGGAAGUCUACGCAUGCGCAACGCCGUGCAUCAGUUGGACGCUGUUCCGGAAUCCAGCUCAGAUGGAGCGCAUGCGCAACAGAGAGAAUUAUUGUUUCCGUCCAAUUGGUCGAAAAUGGACCCAAAAGGCCAGACGGCGAAUCUUAGAUGUUGACCACUGACUAAAGUCGCCAGGUGGCGCCAUUGAGCGCCCAAAACUGCCUUGUCAAAUAUCUCAUACUUCAGUUGCAGUCAAACCUGUACAAGUGACCACCUUUACGUAAGGACUACAUUGCCAAAAUGACCGCUUU